AUGAGCGACAUGGCUGCGGGCCGGCAGGUCGCAGCAACAUCGGCGGACCCCCGGGAUGGCGGAAGGCAAGGUGAUUCGCGCGCGAAGCAGCGCGGAGGGGGGAUCGGCGCGUUUCCGCUAGUUGCGCUUGUUGGUGCUGUCGGCUCUGGCGUCGCGGCGCUCGUGAUGCAUCUCCGCGGCGCGGAGCAGAAGCGCGCCGAGCUGGAGCGACACGUCAGCAUGCUACAGAAACAGCUGGCGAAACAGCAGGGUCGUCGGUCGCACAAAGCUUCGGCGGAUUCCGGCGCGGAUGAUGCGCAACCCGCUUCUCCUUCCGCGGACGGCGCUGGUGCUUAUAACGAAGCGGCGGUGGCGGCGGCGGCGGAGGCGGCGGCGGCGGCCAAUGGCGCAGCGGUGCGCGCGGAGCUGAUGGGCGCGGUGCAGGCGCAGGCGGAGGCGGUGGCGCGGCUGGACGCGGCGAUGGGCGCGCUGCAGGAGGAGGUGGCGGAAGGGCGCAACGCGUCGCUUCUGCUGCUGCUGGAGGCGGAAGAGAAGUACCAGAAGGCGAGCGCGGACGCGGAGGGCAUGGCGGGCGUGCGGCAGGGGGAGAUGGCUGCGCUCGCAGAGCAAGUCAAGUGGAUUCGCUACAGCAGCAGCAACGAGCAGAGGGCAACAGCAUUGCACCGUCAAAUCGAAAGCCCCCCCUCUCCCUUCCACCCCCUCCCUUCCCUCCGCUCCUUCCCCCCUCUCCCUUCCCCUCCCUCCCUUCCACCCCCUCCCUUCCACCCCCUCCCUUCUCCCCCUCCCUUACCCCCCUCCCCUUCCGCCCUCCCUUCUCCCCUCCCCUCCUUCCCUCCCGUCCCCCAGUCCCUCCAAGCGCUAGUGGAGUCGCUACAGCAGCAGCAACGGGCAGAGGGCACCGGCAUUCCCAAGGCACCGUCAGCGAAUGGGGAGGUGCACGCGACCCCAGGGGGCGCGGGAGGGGCAUGGCAGGGGGAGCUGCAGCAGCACGUGCAGGAGCUGCGGCAGUAUGUGGACAGCCGCUGCGGCGAUGCUGUCUCCGCUGCUAACGUCUCUCUCAAGGAGGCAGCGGCAAGGCUUGAAGACAGGCUGAACGAGCGGUUCGCAACGGUGGAUGUGAGGUUUGGAACGGUGAACGAGAGGCUCGAAACGGUGAACAAGAGGUUCGGAACGCUGGAUGAGAGGUUCGGCGAGCUGGAGGAACGGGUGGCGGAAACCGAGGCUAGAGCCGUGGCUCGGGAUGGCACUGUGUGUUCAGUGGAGGCUAAGUUGGUGGCUUUGCAAGAUGAUGUGGAGGGGAGGGGUGAGGUUGUGAGUGAGCUGAGGAAACUGGUAGAAGAGGAGAGGGAAGAGAGGCGUGUGGAAGUGAGGGAGUUGAGGGAGGUGGUGGAGGGAGAGAGGGAGAAGGUGGGGGCGAGUGUGAAGGAACUGAGGGAUCAGGUGACUGCGGUGGAAAGUCUUGCGGCUGCCCAGAAAGUGGAGCUCGGGCAGCAGAAAGAAAAGGUUUGGGAGCAGGGGGAGGAGAUUGAGAGGAUUGGGAAGCAGAUGGAGGAGAGUGGGAAGAAGCAGCAGGAGGAGCGAGAGGAGGAGAGAGAGAAAGAGAGGGCAGCAACGGCUCUUGCUGUGGACGAGUGUAAGGAGCAGGUGAAGGGGGUCAAAGCCAUGGUGAAGCACCUCUCCGAGUCUGUCGAAGAGGUUCGGAACGACAUGCGCCCGAUUUCCGACGCUGUGGUCGAGGUCCGGGUGACCAUGGCUGAGGCUCGGAACCUUCAGCAGGAGGCUGAGGAGGCUGUGGGGAGGCUGAGAAGCAAAGUAGAGGGGGUGCAGGAUUCAGUGAUAGAGGUGAAAAAGGAAGUGGAAGAAAACAAGUCGGAACUAGAUAAGGUGAAGCAUGGUCUGCAUGAGUGCAGGGAUGAGGUGGUGGAACUGCGAGGCACGCUUGCGGACGUUCGGAAGCACGGCGAGGAGGCUCGGGAGGCGCACGAAGGGCUGCAGGAGGAGGUUCGGGAAGCGAAAACGGGGCUUCGGGCGAGUGUCGACGCGUUGGAGACAGGCUUGGAGGAGGUUCGGCAGGCAGUGACUAUGGCUCGGGAGGAUAUUUCCACUUUCCAGGAAAGCGCGGACUGCACUGACAAUGAGGUGGCUUUGAUCAAGGAGCAGGUUCGGUCAAUUCAAGAUGACGUGGGUCUGGUUCGGAAGGAUGCUGUUCAGGUUCGGGUGGAUGUGGACUCGCUUCGGAUGGAACUAGGUUCGGUAGAACGUAGCUUGGAAUCCACAUCCCAGAUGGCCACAGCUUCGGAAGAGGAGAUCCAGGAGGUUCGGAAAGGCUUGCUGUCGACAGUCCACACAGAGGUGGACAAGGUUCGGGAGAGCGUGGAAGAGGUUCGGGAGGAGGUGAAGGAGGUUCGGGUAGAUAUGGUUCGGGCAGAGGAGAAAGCAGCGGCAACGCUGCGAGAUGCAGAAGCAUCGGCACGAAAAGCAGUGGCGGCUCUGCAAGGGGAGUUUAAAGCCGAAGUAACUAGCGUGCGUAAAGAGGUAACAGUGGUACGGGAGGAGGCGGAGAAUUUAAGUCAUAGAGCUGAUAUGACCGAUUCCCUUACGUCCUCUCUUUCAGACAGUCUUGCACAGGCCCAGACCGACAUUUCGGAGGUUCGGAAGGAGGUUGGUGUUGCCCGAACCGAAGCUGGCGAGGCUCGGAAGGUGCUGGAGGCGAGCCUCCGGACCACGGCGGAAGGCUUGGAGGAGAAGAUUGAGGAGACUCGGCAGCAGAUAGGGCUGAAGGCAGCAGCGGUGCAAGCAGAGGUGAAAGGAGUGCAGAGCGAUUUGCAGGAGCGGGUGGGUGAGAUCAAAACAGUGCUCAAGGAAGGGGAGGAGGCACAGUCUUUAAGGGUGGUUGCGUUGGAAAAGAAGCUCUCGGGUGUGGUGGCAGGAGGGGAGGAGGCGGUGAGCGCAGUAGCAGCACGUCUGAACCAAGUGGCUGAAGAGGUGGCAGAUGUGGCGAAUCGGGGCGAGCAGCACGCAGCAGACGCCGCUGCAGCGAUCGAGCGCACAGAGAGAGAGCUUGCAGCAGCCGUGGCGUCGUCAGCAGCGGCAGCAGCAGCGGAACGGGAGGGGAUUGUGGAGCGGGUGAACGGACUAGACCUAUCCGUGCGUGGAUUGGAGGAGAAGGCGGAGGAGGGCAGGCAGCGCGCCGACGCUGCAGACGCAGCGAUCAAAGCGGUGCAAGCAGAGGUGGCGGCGGAUAGACAGAAGGCGGAGGAGCGGGCAGCGGAGGAGGAGCUGCGGAAAUGGACAGACGCAGAGAAGACCCAGGCGCUGCAGAAAGACGUGUCCGCGCUGCAGCAGCGGCAGGGCGAGCAGGAGCGGGAACUCAAGCGGCAGGAGGAGGAGCGGGUGGCCGCGGCGCAGAAGAUGCUGACGCGGCUGCAGGCGGACGUGCGGGCGCUGGUGGAGAAACUGGAGGAGGUGGUGCGGGAGGAGCAGGCGGGCGUGCGGGGGGAGUUGCGGAGCGCGGUGGUGGAGCUGCAGGGCGGGCUGGCGGAGGAGGAGAAGCGGCUGGUGGGGGUGUGUGCGGAGAUGAAGGGCGAGAUACAGCGCGUGGAGGGCGACCUGAACGCGCUCUCCAUGUCGCACAGCCAGGUGCUGGCGUACAUGCAGGCCAAGCAGGCUAAAGAGGCCAAGGGCCACGGCUUAAUGAAGUGGACCAAGCGCAACAUAGCAUCACGCUCUGAGGGCCCCUCUCCCCACGAGUCGCCACGCAACCUACCGAAGCGCUGGUGGCCCCCCUCCCCCGCCACGGAUGUGCACAGCAGCAUGCGCUCUGAUACCAGUGAUGAUUUCCGUGACCGGGAGUGA